CCUCCCCCUCACAAUCUAAAUCCUCUCUUGCUUUACAGCUUUCGCUGAUCAUCUCUUUCCUGAGAAACAAGAAAGAUAAACCCUAAACCGCCAUAGCCAUUUCGCUUCAAAUCGAUCGCCAACAUGUUCAAAGCGGUUGCGAUCUUCAACCGCCACAAGAAUGCGCGUCGAUUCAAGGACUACUACGGCCACUGGUUCAGCACCCUCAAGAACAACCUCCUCCCUCUCCUCCGCCGAUCGCUGUCACGCCCCGAUUCCCCCACUGUCCUCUCCACCCACGUCGACCUCCUCCACCAGCACUUCCAGGCGCUGUACCAUGCUCUCGACCUCGCCGCCUCCAACGAAGACGACAUUGCCGUCCUUCUCUUCCCCGAUUGGCGCUCCUCCCUCGAGAAGCCCCUCAUCUGGCUCGGCGAUCUCCACCCGUACCUCUUCACCAACCUCGUCCGCUGUUUCCUCCAAGAAGACGACGACCUCACCACCACCACCACCUCCGACGACGGCUACUUCAUCCGCAACAACAACAUGACCGUAACGGAUCUUCAUCAGGACCGGCCGUGGCAGGUAGCGAUGGCGUGGAGGAACCCGUCGGAGGAAUUAGUAGCUCGGAUGGACGAGAUCGAACUUGGUCUGAGAGCAAUGGUUCCGAUUCUGACGACACGGAUGAGAAAUGCAGAGGCGGUGUUCGUGGACAGAGUGGUGGAAGGAUGGUACCCGUGCCGGGGGAGGAAGGGGGCGGCGACGAAGAUGGCAGUGGGAUCGAUUCUGACGGGUCACAUGGAGGAUCUGAUGAGCAUAUUUCUGGAUGCGAAUAGGCUGAGGAGGAGCGUGAUCGGAGAAAUCGUGGGGAAGACGAGUGUGUAUCAGGCUGCUCUGUUUCUAGAAGCAUUGGCUCAGUUCUUGAUUGAGUUCAGAGAGCAGGAACUAGUCAGUGCAGUGGAAUGGUUUAAGGCUUCGUCGUCGACGACUCAGACCACCACUAUCACCACCACAGAUGCUCGUCACAGGCAUCACUGAAUAUUUUUUUUCGUUUUCUUCAGAUUUGAGUCUCUUCCAAAACAGCAAUUCAGAGCUGUUAAGGAGGUGAUAUCAGUUUAUGUAUUAUUGAGCAAGAUACAAGAACUAGUGUAGUUAUGCUACUGACUGGUUAAAAAAAGUAAUUGACAGCAUCACUUUAGUCGUGAUUGGUAAUUUUCUCCCCUCAUUUUUUGUUUCUAGUAUUCAUGGGGCAGACAAUUAUAAAAAAUUGAUCUCAGAGUUGCGAUUAAGAUGUAUUAAGAUGUAAAUGGUAUAUUG